UCUAGUUUUUCAUGGCGCCCCCGGGUGGACUGUAAAGUUAAUUAUAGGCAACAACAAUAAGUGACAGUGACACAAGAAAUUGCAGUAUAUGCAAACAUAUUCGUUGCCCGCGUCGUGGUGUGUGUGUCAAUCAGCAAUCAAUUUGCAUAAUAUCAUCGCGUCGGUCGCGCCAAGAAUAAUUUUUGUGAAAAUUUCUGCUACCACCGAGGGAUGCCCUGCGAUAAAGCCAGGAAAGUAGCAGUUGGAUUCAAAGAUCCAAAAGAGGAAUCAGAGGUUCGUCGGGCGCCGAGGAUAUCCCCAAGUCGUCCAUUGCGACAACGGGAUGAACUUCGUCGGAGCGAGCCGCCAUCUCAGCGCUUUGCGGAUCAGGCUCAAGGAGCAGGGAGACGCAAUUCGCGACUUCGCGUCAAAAAACGGAUGCGAAUUUGCGUUCAUACCGCCGCGAGCUCCUCACAUGGGAGGGCUAUGGGAGGCAGGUGUAAAAACUGCCAAGAGCCUACUCCUACGGGCGGUAGGCAGUGCGCCCCUAACCGCCGAAGAGCUCGCCACAGUCCUCGUCGGCAUCGAGGCCAUAAUAAACUCGAGGCCGCUGGGAGCCAUCAGCCAAGAUCCAAGCGACAGGCGGGUCGCUCAUCGCCCCCCCAGCACUGCGGACUCCGGACCAGGAGAGUCUCAGUUGCUUGCGGCGAUGGCGACUUGUCUCGUCAGUCAGGCAAGCGUUUUGGCAGCGAUGGUCCCGCGAAUAUGUCCUGGGGCUGCAAAUUCGGGGCAAAUGGCACCAGCGGCAACCGAACCUCGAGGAAGGAGACCUCGUCAUCGUGGCCGAGGACAAUCUGCCGCCUCAGGAGUGGCUCGUGGGGAGGGUCAUCGCCACCCACGAAGGAGAGGACGGCAUGUUCAGGGUCGUCGAAAUAAGGACUAGCACUGGAGCGGUUUUUUGGCGGGCCAUACACAAGUUGGCGCCGCUCCCAAUGUGUUGAAGCCGAUGCAGUUGAACGCCUGCCGGGGCACCGGGGCCGGUGUUGCGUGACCUUCCAUCCAUGGCGGCGAUUAUUAGUUAUUUGAUCUUAAUUAUGAAGUCUAGUGUAAGUUAGGCUAGGGCAAAGCGGGAGCGCAAUAAAAGCUCGCUCUCUCGCUCCUGGCGAAUUCGCCCCGCUUUGCCACCGUAGGUUAGCUAGAGUAAGAAAUUUGAAUUGUGAAAAAAAAGAUAGUUGUUCGCUAAAAUUGAAAUAGAUCGAGCGUAUCCAUUUUCGCCCCGCCGAAUAAAUAAUUAAA